AUGGCAAGGCCAAAGAACCAGGCCGCUGAGGUCGACGCACCCGAAGGAGCAACAGCUGGCCCAUCCACAUCCACAGCAACACCACCACCAACAACAACAAAACCCACCACCGCCACCAAAAAGGCAUCCAAAUCAAGAAAACAAAAGCAACCCGUUCUAGAGACACUCCGCACCGUCGUCCCCAACAUCUUUCAGGAAUGUCAAAAGUCUGCGGCCAAUCAUCGCAAAAAUGCCAUCAUGCUCCGUAAGAUUCAGGAACAAUGUGCGGAGGCUGCUGGGGAGAAUGGGGAGGCGGCCUUUAACAAGGAGUUUAUUCGGAACCUGAACGUCGUUUUGGCCAUCAAGAAGGUCGAGGCGACUGCUGACCGAGUCGUCCAGUUUGUGUCCACCUUUAUUCUGUGCACAUGCGAGAAAGAUAGAAAGCCAGAGGCAGAGAACAUGGACGAGGAGGAAGAGGAUGAAGACGAGGACAGCUCAAUAUCUGCGACGUUUGUCGAGCACUUGAUGCGGCAUCUAUUGAAAGGAAUCACCGUCAAGGAGAAGCUUGUCCGUGUGCGCUGCUGCAAGCUGAUCGCACUGAGCAUCAACUCUGUCGGCGCGCUGGAGAACGAUUUGUACGUGGAACUUCAGAAGAGCCUCAUGGAGCGAACCCGCGACAAGGAAUCACAAGUUCGUGUCCAGGCUCUUUUUGCCCUCUCCAAGAUGCAAGGCAACGGCGACGAGGAAGACGACGAAGAGGAGGAAGAAGGAGGCACUAUUAUCGAAAAGUUUUUGGACUUGUUGCAACAUGACCCAGCGGCUGAGGUCCGUCGGUCUGCAAUCUUCAACAUUGCCCAAUCCAAAGAUACCCUCCCAUAUAUUCUCGAACGUGCACGCGACACAGACACGUACAACAGGAGAGCUGUCUUUACAAAGCCCAUGAGCGAAAUUCGCGACUUUCGUAUGCUCUCAAUCGGUGAGAGAGAAAGGCUGCUCCGCUAUGGUCUUACCGACAGAGACGACGGUGUCAAGAAGGCGUGUACAAAGAUGCUUGCGACCAAGUGGAUUAACCAGGCGGACGAUAACCUCAUCGAGUUCUUGGAGCGUCUGGAUGUUAUGGGAAGCAGUGUCGCCGAGGAUGUGUUGAAUGCCUUCUUUGACUACCGAGCGGACGUCAUUGACACGCUUAGUUUUAAUGACAUCUUUUGGGUCAACCUCUCCGUGGAGUCCUCUUUCCUUGUCAGGGUUUUUACAGAGUUCUGUCGUCGCAAGGAUGACGACGCUCAGUUUGACAAAGUCGUCCCAGAGGUUGUUAGACACGCGUUUUACAUUCAAAAGUACAGCAACAUCAUGCAGCAGGCAGAAGAGGAGGACCGACCAGAGGCAGAGUUCAUCGUGACACAGCUCCUCAUGAUCGCCCGUCUCUUGGAUUAUGCGGAUGAAAUUGGACGUCGCAAAAUGUUUGGCCUCCUUCGCGAGAUGUUGCUGCUGAAUGAUCUUCCGGACAAACAUCUGGAAUGUAUUGUGGAGACCAUGCGUAAGAUCUCGUUGAACGAAAAGGACUUUACGCGUAUCAUCAUUGAGAUUAUUUCGGAUCUUAGCGAGAGCACGGAGGCUGAACAGGAGGAUGCGACAAACCAGUCUGAGGCUGAAGACGAUGACUCACUAGACGACAUGAGCAUGGACCUAUUAGACCCAGAUGCAUCGAGGAAGCGGAAACACAGUGCGGUCGACAAGUCAAGGAGGAACUCUUCCGCAACGGUCGUCGACGAAGCUGAUAAGGCGCGCAAGGAUCUUGAAAGAAUGUUGAACAAAAUCCGCUGUCUCACCAUCACAAAGUAUAUGUUGGAGCGAUCCUCGGAGCAUCUUCAGGAAAGUUCGUACAUGUUUGGUCUUUUGAACACGUUGGUGGUCCCAGCGCUCGCUUAUCCGGAAGAAGUGAUGCAGGAUCUUGGUCUUCAGUGCCUCGGCUUGAUUUGCUCGUUGGAGAAAGCUCUUGCGGCGGACAACAUGGAACUCUUCUUGACCUGUGCCUUUGCCGAAAAUGCCUCCACACUCCUUCAUGUCCUGUCAGUGAAGAUUAUGUUUGAUCUUAUCUUGACUUUCGGUAUGGGACCCAUGUCAUCCCAGGUCGGAGAGGAGAGGAUCAACGCUGAUUUGAAGAAGACCUUGGAGAGCGAAGAACCCGAAGUUCAGGCUGUUGCUGUGGAGGGAAUCGCCAAGUUGAUGCUCACCAAGGUUUUGCGCGACGCAGAGAUCUUGCGAACGUUGAUCAUCCUCUACUUUGACCCCGCGACAGCAAAGAACAACCACUUGCGUCAGUGUCUCAGUUACUUCUUGCAGGUGUACUUUCACUCUUCGUACGACAACCAGGUCAUGCUCAGCGAGAUGGCAGUUCCUAUCAUGGUUAAGCUGAUCGAGAUGCACCAGGAGUACAAGAAUGAGAUGCCAACAUGUGUCAUUAUGGGGCAGCAACUGCUGGAGUGGUGUGAGCCCCGCCGUGGAUUGGAAGCUGAUCCUGAGAAGGGUCCUGUGAACAAAAACAUCGAUUACGGUCUCCAAGCCAACAUUGCCAUCGAUAUUGUCAAGGCCAUGUUUGCCGAAACUGCCUAUGUCAGGAAAUUUUUGGCAAAUAUUCUUCACAAGAUUCCGUUGGACGACGACGCCGGCGAGAUCCGACUCAAGAAAUUGACUCUCUUGAUUGGAAACCUCAAAACCAAACGGCCCUUGGUCGAGCCGUCGGGUAAAAAGUACUUGAUGACGGUCGAGAAGAAUAUUCUCAAGAUGUUUAGUGAAGCACCUGAGGCGCUGGGGGAUGACGAAUUGGCAAAGUUGGCGGAGCUGACCGACGAGCUUUCGUUUGUCAACAAGUUUACCGAGCCACCGUCAACUGAAAAGCAGAACGAUGACACACAGAAUACUAAAGGCCCGAAAACAAGAGCGAAGAGGGAGGCGUCGUCGAAGGCAAAGGAGAAAGAAGACAAGUUCAAGAAGAUGAUGGACGAGGUAGACGCAAUGUUGGAGACGUCCUCUUCUGAGAAGGAGGACACCCCGCCGGGCGACGACUCUGGAUCGGAUAUCUUUGACGAGAGCGACAACGAUGAUGACGAGUAA